ACUCUCAGACGAACAUACCUAUAAAAGCCCUGGAUGUGAUUCGUGAAACCCAAAAAAAAAAAAAAAAAAAAAUCUGUUGUAUAUUUUCAGUAGGAAAAAUUGAAUCUUUUGUUGAUCAGAAAGCAAUAGCAAUGUUUUCUCGUUCUUGGGUUGUUUACAAUUCCACCAAAAGGAUUCGGAAUUCAAUAUUUCAGUCUCUCCUGCACAAUGCCUCAGCCGUCCGAAACCAUUACUCUGUUAAUAUUCCCUCCAGACUCGGUCACAAAGACUGGUUGGCCCCAAAUGAGGUUUUGCAAGUUUUCGCCGCCAUUAAAGACCCCAUAUCAAUCACCACAGCCUUACAACACUAUUCCAAGCGCAAGGACUACAAACCCAAUGAAGCCCUUUACACUCUGAUCAUCAACAAGCUUGGGCAAGCCCACCUGUUCGAUGCCAUUGAAGACGUCAUGAACAGAAUCAAGGCCGAGAGGAAUUGCCGGCUGUCCGACGAGUUCUUUCGCGGUGUUAUCAAGAUUUAUGGGAAUGUGGGUGGUCGUAUAAACAAAGCAAUGGAGACCCUUUUCGAUAUGCCCGACUACAAUUGCUGGCCAACUGUGAAAACCUUUAACUUUGUUCUGAAUCUGCUUGUUUCUUCGAAAUUGUUUGAUGUAGUUCACGAGCUGUAUGUGGCGGCUCCCAAGUUGGGGAUUGAGAUUGAUGCAUGUUGCCUUAAUAUACUCAUCAAGGCUCUGUGUGAAUGUGGGAAGUUGGAUGCUGCAGUUAAGCUGCUCGAUGAAUUUCCUAAACAGAGGUGCAAACCGACUGCCAUGACGUUUUCAACGCUUAUGCAUGGAUUGUGUGAUAAUGGGAAGGUGGAGGAAGCACUUGGGUUCCUUGAGACCAUGGAAAAAGAGGGUAUUGAUCCUGAUACUAUCACGUUCAAUAUAUUGAUUUCGGGGCUUAGGAAACAAGGGAGAGUUGAAGAGGGAAUGGUCCUUUUGGAGAGGAUGAAGCUCAAGGGGUGUAAUCCGAAUGCAGCUUCUUAUCAGGAGGUUUUGUAUGGUUUGCUUGAUAUGGAGAGGUUUGUUGAGGCAAAAGAGUUUAUGAGUCGAAUUAUAUUGAAGGGUGUGAAUCCUAGUUUUGUAUCUUAUAGGUUGUUGGUUUAUGGGCUUUGCAAGAAAAAUCUACUUGAGGAUAUUGAUUGGGUUUUGAUUCAAAUGGCUCGUCAAGGUUUUGUACCAAAGAUGGGGAUGUGGCGGCAGAUCCUUCAAAUCAUGUUUCAUGGAGAGAACAACCAUAGCUAUAUUUAUUCCAAAGAAAUUGUGGAAAAUUUGAUUAUUGGAAAUGGAUGAUCAGUGUGAUGAUGUCUUUUCGCAGUUAGUCCUUGAUGGAUAAGUUAUAUAAACCGAAAGCCACUUCGCCUAUUGUCAUUGUGUAAUUUGUGUGCCUAGCUUGGGAUAUGUAGGAAAUGGUGCUGCUCAUACAAGAUUGAUCUUUAUAUAUUGGUCCUUCAUCAUAUAUACCGAAAAGCCACUUCGAGGUUUUGACUCUGAGCAUCCUGCUUGAUGUGCACCACUUGAAUUCCACCAGAAAAUGUUUCAGAGAUGGUUAGUUUUUUCGUUCAUUUGCUGGAGACUGCUUUUGCAACUUUAUGGGACGUGGGUUUAUGGAGUCUUCAAAUCUUAAUCUGAUAUAGCCUGUUCCUAUUUUUGCUGGUGUCAAACUGCAAUGAACUUCUAGAUUUGUAAAAAUAUGCGUUUCUGUGUAUGUUCAAGGAGUGACGGAAUCGAAGAAGCCGGUAGACAGGCUGUCUACAGAAACACAAACAAUUUAACCAGCGGGUCAUAUUGACUCCUAUACUGCAUAAUUAGAAGAAAAUGCCCAAAUCACGGUAAGCUUGCGAGGGGCCACUCUUAAAGGCAUGAGAAUCAAAGAAGCGAACUCCAAAGGGAGAGACAACCUGAAGUUUUGGCAGUAUCAGAUACAAGUUACAAGGAAUUGAUUCAAAAGCUUUGACAGGCUAAUACUUCUCCCUAAGAAAUGAGCGGGUGAGCCACAUGUGAAGUAUUAGUUUAGUUGAAAUUUUGUAAGAGGGACAAAACCAUUUAACACACCAACUCUUAAUGUCAAACUAACAAAAAUGUUAAAUCAUACUUUAUUUUCUUUUAUGAAUUUCAAUUUUCUGUUUGCUUUAUUUCACUUCUUUACUUUUUAAUUACUAUCCAAUGGACCGACCGACAGUCCUUUGAUCCUCUCUGCUUUGCUUUCGUUCUUUUCUUUUUAAGCUAUUUCUUUUAUUUAUUAUUUUUGUCUCCGGAAUUUUUUGUAUUUAUAAUCCAUUUGUUUUAUUAUUAUUUUUGCCUUCAAGGAUUAUAGGGCUGCAAGGUCUAUCGGUGAGAUCUAAUAUUAUUAGAACAAAAAAUAACUUGAAAUCUUCAAGCUCAAAACGAGUUAUAUUUCAUUUAAUUAUAUUGCUAUAUUUCAAAAAAAAUAAUAAUAAAGAGAGGAAAUGUCCCCGUUUUACAAUAAAUAAUCAAUAUUAUUUCCCUCCCUAACUAGCUAUGACAAGUUUUAACACUUAAAAUAUAAAAGAUUCAUUUUAUAAAAGAUUCAUUUUUUAUAAAAGCAAUAUUUCAAAGAUAACAUUAUAACGCUCUCAUAUUAUUAGACGAGACAUAAAGCUUUCAAACAUUGAUAAGCAGUUUCUGACAAAAUGUCUUACUUUGCUUCUUAGGCUAAUAUUUAAAAGUAUGUUCAUCAAAAAGCAAAAGCAUAAGGCAAAAGCUGAUUUCUCACUAAAACAGCAAGGGGGCCAACACCAACACAAAAGAAGGUCGAAGAACCACAAGCACACAUAUGCACUAACCUCAAAAAGAAGAAAAAACAAAACAAACAAAAGUAUGAUUUUAUAUUAAUCAAAUGAUAAACACUACCAACUUGUUGAUCAACGUUCAAAACUAUUCUGAUACCAAAAGAUGUGGCAGCAGGCCAAUGGUUGACAAAACAAUAAUUCUCUACUAAGAAUACUCGAUACUUUAGGCUACACUAAUUCCAAUUCUUGGAAGAGAUAAUAAAAAAACCCAAAAAUAAAAAAUUUCCUGGUUCAAAUUAAUAUGUAGCUGUACAAUUAUAAAAAACUUGUGGUCCCUCAAUGAACAAUCUUUGUAGAUUCAAAAAGCAGUGUUUUCAAAAAAAGCUGACAUAUCCACAAAUAAAAAAUAAAAAAAUAAAAAAA